CAAAUUUUAUUAUUCUUUCUUUUAAACAUCAAUCACUGAGUUAACAACCCUUCCAUUUGUUCUUUCGUUUUGUUUCGAGUUUUUUUAUCAAACAAGGCUCAAAUUUGAAAGUUGGAGUGAAUUAAUAAUAUCUGAGAGAGAGACAGAUUUGAGGUUUGAAGAAUGGCGGAGCCGCCUAGUAGCAGGCUUCAAAAAAUGCUGCAGGCAGCGGUGCAAUCAGUUCAAUGGACGUACAGUCUUUUCUGGCAAAUUUGUCCUCAACAAGGGAUGUUAAUAUGGUCAGACGGAUACUACAAUGGAGCAAUCAAAACAAGAAAGACAGUGCAACCAAUGGAGGUUAGCACGGAGGAGGCCUCUUUGCAAAGGAGCCAACAGCUUAGAGAGCUCUACGACUCACUAUCUUCUGCCGAGACGAACCAACCAGCCCGACGACCAUGCGCGGCUUUGUCGCCGGAGGACUUAACCGAGUCCGAGUGGUUCUACUUGAUGUGUGCCUCCUUCUCUUUUACUCCUGGUGUAGGGUUACCGGGAAAGGCAUACGCGAGGAGGCAGCAUAUAUGGCUUACUGGUGCAAAUGAGGUCGACAGCAAAACCUUUUCAAGAGCCAUUCUUGCUAAGAGUGCUUGUAUACAGACUGUGCUUUGCAUUCAUCUUCUUGAUGGUGUCCUUGAACUUGGCUCUACUGAAAAGAUCCAAGAAGAUUUAGGGUUGGUACAACAUGUCAAAACUUUUUUUAAUGAUGGUCAAACUACAACCCCUCCACCACCAAAACCAGCUCUCUCCGAACACUCCACCUCAAACCCCGCCACCUCGUCGGACCAGACUCGCUUCCAUUCCCCUUCCGUUCUUCCCCUAUGCUCCGCCGCAGACCCACAUGUAAACGUUACCCAAGAAAACGACGACAAUGACGAUGACGACGAUGAAGAAGACGAAGAACCUGAAUCUUACUCAGCCGAAACCGGUAGAAACACCCUCCAAGUCCCCACGCAAAACAUUCAAGCUGUAUCAGCUGCAGUGGCGGACGAACCGUGUGAGCUAAUGCAGAUGGAAAUGUCAGAAGAUAUCAAUCUAGGUUCACCAGACGACGCAUCGAAUAACUGGGACUCAGAUUUCCAUAUGCUGGCAGUGAGUCAAAGCGGGAACCCCACCGACCAUCAGCUGCAAGGUGAGUCGAAUCGGAGGUGGCAAAUGGUACAAGAGCCCUCGUGCAGUAGCCUUCAACCACCUUCAACAGGGCCCCAGCCAUUGGAUGAACUGUCGCAAGAAGAUACGCACUAUUCUCAGACAGUCUACACCAUCCUCCAAGCCCAACAAACCCGCUGGGCCGAGUCACCGUCAACCGGCUACGCCGCCACCUACUCCACCACCCAAUCAGCAUUUACCAACUGGACAGCCCGUUCAGACCACCAACUCCAUUCGACCGUCGUCGAGGGCACUUCCCAGUGGCUCCUCAAGUACAUUCUAUUCACCGUACCAUUCCUCCACACCAAAUACCGCGACGAGAACUCCCCCAAGUUACGCGACUCCGACGCAGCCUCCGCCGCCCGGUUCCGCAAGGGAACCCCUCAGGAGGAGCCCAGCGCCAACCACGUGCUAGCGGAGAGGCGGAGACGCGAGAAGCUCAACGAGAGGUUCAUCAUAUUAAGGUCUUUGGUCCCUUUCGUUACCAAAAUGGACAAAGCUUCCAUACUGGGGGACACCAUCGAGUACGUGAAACAGUUACGUAAAAAGAUCCAAGAGCUGGAAACACGUAACAGGGAAAUCGAAGCCGAUAACGAACGGCCGAGAUCGGCGGAUUCGGUGCUCGGAAAUCAGAGGAGUGGGGUAACUACACGAUCAUUGGGGCCGGAUAAAAAGAAGAUGAGGGUUGUGGAAGGUGGAGCAAAGCCGAAGACGGUUGAAACGUUAGUUGAAGUGUCGAUAAUAGAAAGCGAUGCGUUGCUGGAGUUGCAGUGCGGGUACAGGGAAGGGUUGUUGCUUGAUCUAAUGCAGAUGUUGAGGGAAAAGCUGAGGAUUGAGAUAACGGCGGUUCACUCUUCUUUGAGCAAUGGCUUGUUCGUAGCUGAGUUAAGAGCCAAGGUGAAGAAUAAUAUGAACGGGAAGAAAGUAAGCAUUAUGGAGGUGAAGAGGGCAAUAAAUCAAGUAAUACCUCAAUUCUAAUAUUAGUUUUGACAAUACAAUUAUUGCUAUAUAUAA